AUGAAGGAUUUAGCGAGUUCAAUUUUGUCCGCUGCAAAGGCUGGAGUGCUCGUAGUAAGUGCAGGAGAAAUCUUGAUGAUGAUUGUAAAAGGACUGAUGAAACUAUACUUUCCGAAGAGUGGAGAGGAUACCCAGGUUUUUUGCCAAAAUAUGCGUUCGCUGUUGUUGUCUAUAGCAGGAUUUAUUGUCCUCUUUUUUCAACAUCCUGCACUUUUCAACAUAAAUGCAUUUGCUUGCGGUGUAUGGCUAUAUCUUGAAACCACGUGCUACUCUUUAAGUAUUGGUCUCUUUACUCUGGAGUCACAAAACGUGCACGAAGUGGUAUAUGGAGACGCUAGAAAAAGUCAUUUUUGGGACAAAGAAAACAAGACUCCAUAUGUAGCUCCACCAGUCGCUAGGAACUUCGUUGCGAUGGGCCUCAUAUUGGGCAUAAGCAUGGCCAUGACUACAGCAGAGCAAAUGAGUAAACUGGUAACGAAUUGGAGCUGUAUGGGACAUUUUUCCCAGCAAACCCUAAACGUUUGGUUGCCGGUGGUUAUCUUCAACACAUGUGCAGCUCUCACAGCAACUUGCUUUGCUUAUAAAAGUUAUUUCAUACUUACAAAAAUUCCUCAAUACCGACACAAGACAAAUGUGUACCUGGAUUCAAAGAAACUCGACGUGAAACCCUGCAUUGAAAAGUGCUAUCGCAAUGUGGCGUUUGUUGCUCUCGGUCCGUGGCUUCUCUUGCUGACUUGGUUAACUCUUGCUUUAUCAUUCGACUGGGUCACUGUUGGUUCCAUCAAUCUAAUUGCGAUGAUAGUUUCCUUCUUCUACACUGCAUGCAACUUCCUACAAUCCGCUUUCACAAAUCCAAAUUUAUAUAGCAAGUAUGUACGGCUAGCGAUGAAGUUUUGCCCCAAAACGAUUGCCCCUCAAAUUGAUCCUGUGACAAUGUGGACUAGAGACGAAGUGCUCAAAAAUGGCGAUGCAAAGAAUUUUGUACCUUCUUCCAUCAAAGACCGACUACGAAUUCAAUGGAUGCAAACGUAUGCGAAGACUAAAAUUGAGGAAAACUGUUCCAAAUCGGAAGCGUUAUAUAGCGUCUACGUUAAUCAAAUGGGUAAAAUAGCAAAUGGUGCAAGUCUUGAACAAGCCGAGCAAAUCAGACAUCUGAAUCAAGAAUGGGCUGCUCGGACGCACAGGAAGGAUCCUCAGCCGGAUCCUGCACGACGCACCAAAUACGAGGCAGAGCUGGAUCGACUUACGAGAAAAUUAUGUGAUGCUUGGAAUGGUACGCAAGCUUUGAAGAAAAACAGUUUAAGAAAUGCUAAUGAACACAACGAGUUUCUGGUUGCUUUGAAAAAUUACCUAGAAGUCAAUGAUUACGACCCGUUUGAAUACUGUCCGCUAACAAUGGUGGACGGCCAAGGCAAUAUGAAAGCCAUAAAGUGCUUGAAAAAACCAGCUGAAACAAUAGAUCCCGCGGUACUUGAUCGAAUACAGUGUCAGUUGAGGGCUCAUAUCGAUGAUGUACACAAAAGGAAUAAAAGGGACUACAACCACCAGCAGUUUGACCCACGAUGGCUGCUAAUGAGUGAUCAAGAGAAGAGAUUGAAACGCUUACAGGAUUGCGGGAAUGACGUAUGGAACAUGGCAAAGCAGAAUCACGACUAUAUGAGUAGAGUGAAGGCUUUGUAA